GAAGUUAGCUAGUUUCCUUUUUUGAGAAGAUGAACUGAAUGAAACCAACCGAUAAUCAUCUUUGUUUUCUAAUUUACUAAUAAACAAAAAACUUGGAUACCUAUAAAAUUGAUGAAAAGGGCAUAAUGACAUUUCAACAACAACAACAAAAAUUGUAUCAUCCACAUCAGGAGGAAAAAAUCGAACAAGUUGAAAGAAAAAAAAGUGAUUCUAAACGUUUUAGUUGUGGUUUAAAGAUUAUUGCUUUGAUAGUCUUUAUCAUCCUUGGUGUGCUUGCCGCUCUUUUACCAUUCUUAAUUAGAAAUCAUUUGUUGGAUGAUAAUAAUGAUGACACAGGUUGGCAUGGUAAUCAUCAUGAUGAUCCACACAAUAACAACAACUCUUUGACCAAUUAUAAAAAGGAUCCUCGUCUCUCACGAUCCUUUUGGGGUAUAGAUUACACACCACUUGGUGCUCAAAUGGAAUUUGGUUGUAGUGUGACUCAAGAAGAUGUCAUUGAAGAUCUUAAGCUGUUACAUCAAUUGACUCCUCGUCUUCGAUUGUAUGGUCUUGAUUGUAAUCAAGCUUAUUAUGUCAUGAAUGGUAUGAAAAUGAUGAAUAUAGAUAUGGGUAUCAUUUUGACUAUUUGGGUCGAUGGCAAUUCUACUACCUAUGAUCGUCAAUACAAUGCUUUCUGGACUCUUUUAGAUAAAUUUGGUGCAGAUCAUAUUACUGGUGUCUCUGUAGGCAAUGAAGCACUUUUUAGACAAGAAAUCGAUCCGGAUGAAUUGAUUCAACGUAUUCGAGAUGUCAAAUCAAAAUUACAAGAACGCGGAUAUGGGCAUAUUCCAGUAUAUACAACAGACAUCCGAUCGUUAUCAGAGAUUAUGCCAGAAGAAGACCAAGUAUUAGAUAAUGUGCAUCCUUUUUUUGCUGGUGUUCAAGUAGAACAAGCAACAACAUGGACAUGGAAAUAUUUCAAAGAUGUAGUAAUCAUUCCAACCAUCCGACUGGCCAAAUCAAAUGGACAUCAUCAAACUAAACCUGCGUUGAUCUCUGAAGUUGGAUGGCCUACGGAACCUGAAUCACGUUCAGAACAAGCUGCUAUCCCAUCUUUAUCCAAUUUGGAAACAUUACUGUUCUCAUUUGUUUGUCAAUCCAAUGAAAAAGGUGUACCAUAUUAUUGGUUCGAGUUCAAGGAUGCACCUUGGAAAAACAUAACGUCCAAUGAACCUAGAGAGGCCUUUUGGGGUCUUUUUGAUCAACAUCGACAACUCAAAGUAAGCCGAUUGCCCCAUUGCCCUUUGCCUUCGUACCAAAAACAGGACGUACAUGUUCCAUUGCCCAAAUUUGAUUACUGAUAUAUUAGUUAGCUAUCAAGAAAUAAAAUAAAAAAAAAAGAUCGACUUGUCG